AUGCUCGACAAGCCCAACAGCCUUCUCGAGAAAGCGCUCGCUGACGAGGCUGAGAUCAAGAAGAAGCUGGAGGAGGAUAUGGCCGAGGAGGGCGUCACUUCGGAGGACGUCCGCAAGGCCAAAAACAGCGACCUCAUCGAUGCUCUAGCCAAGGGCGAGGCUGAGAGAGAGCGUAACAUUGCCAAUUUCCGCAGGGAGGAGAUCCAGCAAGAGAACAAUGAGCUGCGCGAGAUGAUGGAGGCCAAGGCCAAGCUCACUGCCCCCACCACCGACAAAGAGUCACUCCCUAUUCCCAGCACCUCUAGCAGCACUAGAAACACAUCCCAGGUCCUAUCUACUCAUAAGCGAAAGCCGGGCCCUCGCCCGGGUCAGUCUAGGGCAUCGUGCUGGUCCAAGCCUCGAAACUUGUCACCAGAGAAAUCGAGGGGCGGAGAGGAGGCUGACGAUGAACACACAGGCCCUGCUAGCCCGGGAAGUCCCCCCCAAGAGCACAAGAUGGGCGAUAAUUGCGGCGUUGGUGUUUUCCGACCUUCCGGCUGUUGA